GUCUCUGAACGUCGCUAAAAGUAUUUUUUUCUCCUCCGCGUGCUGAAAGGAAAACUGUUAUCCUCUCCCCAGCCUUCUCUCACCAGGUGUGAAUAGGUUGUCCCGUGGUAUCGUCUUUCCUUGGUCAUCUCUGUCCCGUUCCGUACUUCUGAAGAUAAGAGGCUGCUGUCUGCACCAACCUUGACUGACCACCUCGAGUCCCACACUGCCUUACCAGCCAAAAGGAGAGACUCUGGUCGCCACUGACCCCCAGCAUGGCAGACGAUCGUCAACGUGAAGACAGCCCCCCCCAGUGGGAUCCGUCGGGGGCACAGGACCCCUCUACCCCCCCAGCCCAUGGGGCUAAUGGCUGCCCCCCCUCCUACAGGGCGUGCCAGCCAGGGACGGCCCAUGGAGCAGCACCACCCUCCUACACUGCCAGAGAGAAUGGCUUCAACGGCGACCAUGCAGUUACGGCUGAGCAAGUAUCUGCGCGGAUCGUGCAGGAGGUGACAGCCGAGGCAGUGGCAGUACUGAAGGGAGAACAGGAGACAAGACUGCCCUCAGUUGAAGACACGGCGAACCUGCCUCCCUCCCCUCCUCCCUCACCUGCUGCUGAACACUGCUUCGGACCCCUGGAUCAAGAUUUCCCCUGCAAUGUAGGGGAUGAGGAGGAGGAGGCCUGCCCUCUCCACCACUUCCAAAAUUCUCGGGAGAGGUGCAAGUUCCUCGCCCCCUCCAUCUCUGUGUCUAUGCCCGAGGAUGACCCCUACCACUCUGACGAGGAAUACUAUGAUCACCCCUUGUUCAGCCCUGAGUGGGAUCGCUCGGUCUCCUCUCGGCCCUCAGUGCCGGCCUCUGCCUUUAGACAGAUCCAAGCCUUGAAGAUGGACACGGACAAACCAGACAGCGAGAGGAGUGGAUCCCUCAGCCCAGACUUCACUGAACAAGAGAGUCCAGCUUUCCUCAGCGGGGUCCACGUAGCAGCACCCCUGAUCCCCAAAACGGACAUGGCUUCCCCUUCCCCUUCUCUGUCCCCUUUACCUUCAAACAGCCAGAGCCAAGCCAAAGAGCUUAGCAAAAUGUCUAUACUGGAUGAACCUAAAACAGUCUCAGAGAAGCAGCCGUCAGUGGAAGUUCUUGAGUCCAGUAACCUCACAACGGAUUCAGGGUCUGGGUUCACUACAGCUGGAGACCGAGGUCAAGGACAAGGUGUCCCAUCUGACUCUAACAAAGACAAAUCGGGCAUGUCAGCUUAUUUCGAGACUUCGGCCCUGAAGCCAGACGAGGGAUCCAAGGGGGUUCAAGCAGAAGGUUAUUAUGAACUGAGCACUGCAGGAGAAGAGAAGAAGGUCUUAGGGAGCAGUUCCCCAACAGUUCCGUCACCCCUUGAGAUCAACUAUAGCAUGCUAGCACAAACACAGUCAGUGGAGGAGAAAUCAGACACCAAGAAGAGUUCGAUGGGAGAUCAAAAGGAGACCUUACCGGCACUGGACAGGAGUAACGAAUGUAGGCUGUCUCCUGGGAAACUGGCCCUGGAUCAAAGAAGCUACUCUCUCAACAUUACAAUUGGAUCGAUGGACCCCAGUGGUCAUGGACGACCUAGAAACUUCUCCCCACUGGCCACGGAUAUCAUGUGUUUUACCAGCGGCAGUCUGGAGGAGUCUGCCAACUAUCUCCCAGUCACCACCCCGUCUGUGGAGAAGGAGCCACCACCCUUCCCUCCCCUGAUCCUGGAGACAGCAGCCUCAGUCACGUCCGACUCCUCGUCUCCUCCCCACAACACAGCAACAGAGACCCCCGGUGAAAAGACCAGCCCCCAGGGGUCAGAGUCCCCAGAAUCUCCCUUCCCACCCAAAUACUACUACAAAAAUGGGACAGUCAUGGCUCCUGAUCUACCUGAAAUGCUGGACCUUGCGGGCAGCAGGUCUAGACUGGCUUCUGAGAACACUGACCCUGAGAUCAUGAGGAGGAAGUCUGUACCUGCGGACGCCCAAGGCCUUGGCAGCGACUCCCUGGCUAACCUGGUUCUGGGGGACCAGAGUCAGAACCAGAGUCUCGCCAAGAGUGAGAGCCAGCUGGAGGAGUUGGGUUACUGUGUGUUCAGUGAGUACUCAGGGCCCAUGCCUUCCCCUGCUGACCUCCAUAGUCCCAUUGACUCCCCGCCCCAGCGCUUUACCCCUAUGGCUCUGGAGGAAAAGAUGGCGGAGGAGAAACUGAAAAUCGACGCCAGAGACAAACUAGCCGAAGACGAGAAAACCAGUCAGUUAGCUGAGAGAGCCGGUUCCAAAGAAAAAGAAGAAACCAAACAAAUGGGACAGAAGGAUUCAGCUUCAGAGGAAAAAGACAACAAAAAGAUCAGCUAUGAAAAUGUUUCCAUGGAAAACCAAAAAGACAAGCCAGCUUCAGCUCUGAAGUCAGCCGAGUCCUUUGUAACUCCUACAGUGACGGUUACCCUGGAAGAGGAGGAGAAGCUAGGAGACAACGGACCCGAGACAGAUGCUGAGAUGGCUGCCUAUGAGAGGCAGAUUCGCCGGCUGGAGAUGGAGGACAGGCCCCUGAGCAUGGAGGAGGAGCGGGAGCUGCAGGAGCUCAGGGAGAAGGUGAAGGACAAGUUCCUGGUGCACCAGGAGGCAUACGAGGAGGUGGAUGCUGAAGACGUCUACCAACUGACUGGAGUUGCCAAGGACAGGAUCGGCAGGCCCGUUAGGCCCUCCCCAGCCUCCUCCGUGGAGAGUACCACAGAAGAAGACAAUGUUUCAGUUACGGAGACAGAGAAACCUAAACAGACGGGAGGUCAGACAACGCCAAAGAAGGUUGACAUCAUGGUGACGUCUCCAUCUGUGUUAGGUGGUGGUGUGAGCACCACAGAAGAAGACAAGGUUUCAGUUACGGAGACAGAGAAACCUAAACAGACGGGAGGGCAGACAACACCAACAAAGCUUGACGUCAUGGCAACGUCUCCAUCUGUGUCAGGUGAUGGUGUGAGCACCACAGAAGAAGACAAGGUUUCAGUUACGGAGACAGAGAAACCUAAACAGACGGGAGGUCAGACAACACCAACAAAGCUUGACGUCAUGGCAACGUCUCCAUCUGUGUCAGGUGAUGGUGUGAGCACCACAGAAGAAGACACGGUUCCUGUUAUGGAGACAGAGAAACCUAAACAGAAUGGAGGUCAGACAACGCCAACGAAGGUUGACGUCAUGGGGACGUCUCCCUCUGUGUCAGGUGGUGGUGUGAGCACCACAGAAGAAGACAAGGUUCCAGUUACAGAGACAGAGAAACCUAAACAGACGGGAGGUCAGACAAUGCCAACGAGGGUUGACAUCAUGGUGACUUCUCCAUCUGUGUCAGGUGAUGGUGUGAGCACCACAGAAGAAGAAAAGGUUCCAGUUACGGAAAUAGAGAAACCUAAACAGACGGGAGGUCAGACAAUGCCAACGAGGGUUGACAUCAUGGUGACUUCUCCAUCUGUGUCAGGUGAUGGUGUGAGCACCACAGAAGAAGAAAAGGUUCCAGUUACGGAAAUAGAGAAACCUAAACAGACAGGAGGUCAGACAACGCCAACCAAGGUUGACAUCAUGGUGACUUCUCCAUCUGUGUCAGGUGAUGGUGUGAGCACCACAGAAGAAGAAAAGGUUUCAGUUACGGAAAUAGAGAAACCUAAACAGACGGGAGGUCAGACAACGCCAACAAAGAUUGACGUCAUGACGACGUCUCCAUCUGUGUCAGGUGGUGGUGUGAGCACCACAGAAGAAGAGAAUGAGAAAGUUAGCGAAGAGGAGCUGAAGAAGGAGCAGGUUGUAGAGGUCAUAGAGAAGACCAUGGAAGAAAAGAAAAAGGGGGAGGAGGGGGAGGAGGAUACAGAGCAGGCAGUGGAACCAGAGGAAAUCAUGAUAAAGAUAAAACCAUCAAUGCCUGUAGAGAAAGAAGAGAAUGUUGAGAAGGAUAGAAUGACAAACAAGGUGGAAGAGGAGGAGGAAGAUAGUGAAGUUCUGGCAGGGGCAGGAGCAGCGGUGAUUGAUGUUCCAGAACCCAGAGCUGCCAUAGAGUCAGUGGUGACUGUAGAAGAUGACUUCAUCACUGUAGUCCAGACCAUCGACGAGGGUGAGGAGCCAGGACACAGCGUGCGUUUUUCCGCUCCGCCCGAGCCUGAGACACCAGAGGAGGAGGAGGAGGAGUCCCAGGAGGUGGAGAUCAUGGAAGCAGCUAGUCUGGAGGAGGUGGGGGAUGUCUCAGAGGAGGCCCUUGAGAAGGAGGUGCAUGCCUCCCCAGAGAAGGAGGUGCAGCUGGAGACCGAGGGACAGACAGAGAGCUACGACAGAGAUGAGACCACCAUGGACGACUCCAUCCUAGACAGCUCUUGGGUCGACACUCAAGAUCUCUCCACUGUAGAUGUGGAUGAUGACAUGAGCAUGGCUGCCGAGCAGAUCGAACCCCUGAGAGCCGACCGAGUCCCAGCCCCACCAGUCAAGAAGUACAAGACUCUCCAGCAGCAGAAGCAGGAAAAGCAGCCAGUGAAGCCCAAGGCUAAAAGCGGGCGUGUGAAGGGGCGCGAGGGGUGCGUCUCCACCCCUGAACGUAAAGCCAUCCGCAAGGAGACGGUCUAUAUCCCCAGGGAAGACAUCAAGAAGAAAAAAGCCGUAAUCAAGAAGACUGAGCUGACUAAGAAAGCAGAGACGCGCUCCUCUCCAUCACGGAAGAGUGUGUUAAAGCCUACUGCGGUCCGACACCCACGUCCCGCCCAGCCCCAACCCCACCCCUGUGCUAGGAGGAAACCUACAGGUGACCAACCACUCCUGGGUUUCGUCCCAAAUGGCACCCUAUUGGGUGUACCAGAAGGUCGUCGGCCCCUCAGUGUUGCUAGACAGUCUCGGGACAGAGCCUCAUCACCACCAUUAACAAAGAUCCCCACCUGUAAAACGCGAGUGGCCGCCCUCCUGCCCCCCCGCCCUAACUCGUCCUGCUCCUCCCACACUAAAAAGAACUUGCUGGGGGAGGUGGAGCUUGAUAGGCCCCGCCCCUCCUCAGCUGGGCCUCGUGACUCUACCACACUACCCAGACUAAUAUACGCGGAUGGCGGUUCGCAGAGCCCAAAGAGGUCAUCCCUGCCCCGGCCUGCCUCUGUCCCGCGGCCUGCCUCUAUCCUGAGCCGGCGUACCCACCACCAACCACAUGACCAGGAGGAGAGCUCCACCUCUAUCACCAGCUCCGGCUCUACCGCACCCCGUAGACCCACGUGCACACAGUCGAUGCGUUCCCGUUCGCUGUGCACCACAACCCGCACCCCAGGGUCCACAGCAAUCUCCCCUGGGACUCCUCCCAGCUACAGCUACUCCUGCCGCACUCCUGGGACCCCUCUCACCCCUGGCACACCCCGUUCUCGAAGCCUGCUGCAGGAGAAGAAGGUGGCUCUGCUCCGCACCCCUCCCAAGUCACCUGCCACCACUCCCAAACAGCUCCGUGUCCUCAACCAGCCCCUGCCAGACCUCAAGAACAUCAAGUCCAAGAUCGGCUCCACAGACAACAUCAAGUACCAGCCCAAGGGGGGACAGGUGCAGAUUCAGACCAAGAAGAUUGACCUGAGUCACGUGACCUCCAAGUGUGGAUCGCUGGACAACAUCCGCCACCGGCCAGGGGGAGGUAACGUGCGCAUCGAGAGUGUGAAGCUGGACUUUAAAGACAAGGCCCAGCCCAAGGUGGGUUCCCUGGAUAAUGCACACCACACCCCUGGUGGAGGCCACAUUAUGAUCGAAAGCCACAAGCUGUUGUUCCGUGAUACGGCCAAGGCCCGGGUGGACCAUGGGGCGGAGAUUAUUGUGACCCAGUCUCCGGAAAUGUGCAUGUCAGGGACGGUGUCCCCCCACCGCGACAGCCACCUGUCCUCCUCUGGCAGCAUCAACUUGCUGGAGUCUCCACAGCUAGCCACUCUAGCUGAAGACGUCACCGCCGCCCUGGCCAAGCAGGGCUUGUGAGCGCCUUGACCCCCUCAGCCCAGGCACCGGAUCUCUUGACCUUCCCCCUGCCUCCAGUCCACCCCAGCCCCGGACACCUUCCCCCUGCCUCCAGUCCACCCAAGCCCCGGGACACCUUCACCCUACCUCCAGUCCACCCCAGCUCCGGACACCUUCCCCCUGCCUCCAGUCCUGACCCCCUCAACUUGCCUCAAGUUCAACCUGACCCCAAGCCUUGGACUCCCUCACUUGCUUCUAGUCCAGCCCAAGUUCCCUCAUCAUGCCUCCACCCAGCCUCCAAUCUCCCUCCAGUCCAUCCCCAGCCUCGGGUACCGAACAGCCCACACAAAUCUCUGCCUCAACCCUGCCUAAACCCCACCCUGCCUCAACCCCACCCUGCCUCAACCCCACUCUGCCUCAACCCCACUCUGCCUCAACCCCACUCUGCCCCCCGGACACUUUCUCUAUCCAGCCUCUACCCUUCUCUGCUACCUGCCAUGCGGUCCAUUUCAAACACCCUCACCCCACCAUGCCUCCCAUCCAUCCCAGGCCAUGGACACCCUGACCCCACCAUGCCUCCCAUCCAUCCCAGGCCAUGGACAACCUGACCCCACCCUGCCUUCUGUCUAUUCCAGGCCCUGAACACCCUGAACCCAACCUGCCUCCCGUCCAUUCCAGGCCCUGAACACCCUGAACCCAACCUGCCUCCCGUCUAUUCCAGGCCCUGAACACCCUGAACCGAACCUGCCUCCCGUCCAUUCCAGGCCCUGAACACCCUGAACCCAACCUGCCUCCCGUCUAUUCCAGGCCCUGAACACCCUGAACCCAACCUGCCUCCCGUCCAUUCCAGGCCCUGAACACCCUGAACCCAACCUGCCUCUCGUCUAUUCCAGGCCCUGAACACCCUGAACCCAACCUGCCUCCCGUCUAUUCCAGGCCCUGAACACCCUGAACCCAACCUGCCUCCCGUCCAUUCCAGGCCCUGAACACCCUGAACCCAACCUGCCUCUCGUCCAUUCCAGGCCCUGGACACCCUGAACCCAACCUGUCUCCCGUCCAUCUCAGGCCCUGGACACCCUCUUCCCAUCUUGCCUUCAGUUCAACCACCCAGGCUCCCUCACCCUGUCCCAGGCCUCUCGUCAACCCCAGCCCAGAUGCCCAGACACCCCCCCCCCCCAUCCUGCAGCAGCUUCAUACUCACCGCCUGAUGGAGCUGCCUACCCCACCCUAUGUCAACAAGACAAAUUAAGAAAAAACAACAACCCUUAUGGAACUAGAGACUAUUUAGAAAGUACUUUUGGUCAAUUGUUUGUUGAUAUUUCCAUUCCUAGUACUUUUUUUCUCCAUCUUUUAUCUGGUGUAUUUUUUUUAAUGCUGCGUAUAGAUAGAUAGAUAGAUAG